AUGCUAGAAUCGUUGUUGAUUGUGAGUCUUGCCGCCCUCGCAGGUCAGCUGGCAGAGAAGAUGGUGUCGCUGUGGGCGAAUGAGCGAAUGCUGCUGGACAAGCAGAAUGAAGUGCUCAAGAAUGCUCUGAGAGCAAGAGGAGGGGAGGGAGGGGCAGGCAUAGACAAGAAGCAGGCGACAGAUGAAUCAGCUUCUCAAUGGUGGGCAGAACGAAAAGUUUCUGCCCAUGAGGCGCUGAAAAUGCUUGAGGAAGCGACCAGCAGACACUCGCAGGCACAGGAGAAGCUGUUGAGCACUGAGAAAGAGCUCUCCGAUGUUCAAGACGCGUUAUGGAAGGUGGGAGCAUAG